UGUUCACGCGAAUUAAACUACACACAGAUAUCAUAUUUUAGCUUUCAAAUAAACAAAAUUCGAGUGUACGAAUUAUAUUUUGUAUGCUACAACAACAGUUUACGCUCGACUACUUUUGAAAGGGUGGCACACCCACGCUCGUAAAGCUAGCCUCUAUUAGUACGCAAAACUCGUUCUUGUGAAGAAAAAAAAGCCUGCCCAACAGGUAAUUAGUGAAUCUCUUACGCCGGGUGGACUAUACACACUUUAGUCUUAGCAGACGAGAGGGUUGGAAUUUGCAGAAGAAGCAGACGACAUGGGAUAUUUAUUUCUUUACAAGAUGUACGUCGUCUGUCUGUGUAUAAUCCUCACUGUGUCUGGGGCUAACAGUGAAAAGCUCCUGAUGUUUAUGCUGGGAGGUUGCCGGAAUCUCUACUUGAAGGAUUACAUUGACGAUCUUCCAGGAUUCAAGCACUUCUUCGCGAUAGGUUCUCGAGCAGAGCAUGUCGAUCCGCAGUUCCCGACGAUGACCUUCCCAAACCAUUAUUCCCUUGUAACAGGUCUGUAUCCGGAGAACCAUGGGUUUGUGGGUAAUUUUAUGUGGGACAAAACGAAAAAUGAAUCUUUCGACAUGACGCCUAGUCCACAGGGCAGCAAAUCACACUGGUGGGAAGACGGGGAACCGAUCUGGGUGACCGCCGGGAAACAGGGAAAACGCACGUAUCUGUACAACUGGUUGGGUUGCCAGGUGAAGAUCCGGGGUAGAACGCCCUCGCAUUGUCACCAAUACAGCGACACGCCAAAAGUUCGCGAUGGCAUGGCUGGCUUUCUAUGGCAGAGUAACGAAGCCGUAGAUGCCCUAAUAAACGACAAAGCAGAUUUAGCAGGUGUAUACACUCAAAUAGUAGACCAGGCUGCCUCCCAGUUCACUACAAAUGGCGAAGAACUGAAAGGCGUGUUGAAAUGGAUUGACAACGAAUUACAGAGAAUUUACUACAGACUCGAAGACGCCGGGAUGUUGGACGCCAUCAAUAUCGUCAUAUUUUCCGACCGUGGAGUGACGGAAGUGACGCCCAAGCGAACCAUUCAUCUCCAGAAAUACAUCAAUAAUAACGAUUAUGACAUCAUAAAGGAAUUCGGUCCAAAAGUUAGUAUUUGGCCGAAGGAGGACAACGUGGAAAUGGUUUACCAGAAACUGAAACACGCCCACCCUAACAUGACGGUGUACAAGAAGGAGGAGAUUCCGGAUGAUUGGCACCACAAAGGUCACAGGCGGGUCGCUCCCAUCAUUGCUGUAGCAGAGCUUGGAUGGAUGAUCGUUACACCAGAGAAACCUUUCCCAGUCGGUGAAGAUGGCUGGGAGUACGUAGCUUACCACGGGUUUGACCCCACAGACCCCCAGAUGAAAGCCAUGUUCGUUGGAGUUGGACCAAAUUUCAAGAAGGACGUCGUUGCACCAUCGUUCAGCAACGUGAAUCUCUAUCAACUGAUGUGUAGGAUCCUCCGAAUCAAACCGGCCCCGAACGACGGAACGUGGGGCGCCGUUCAGAUGAUGUACCAGGACACGCCCGAAUGGUCUUUCUGGAACGCAAAAAUAUACAUCGCCAUCAUUGCUGCAAUAUGUAUCGUAGCGACUGGGUUAAAAACAAUUCAUAGGCGUCGGACGUUUAAAUAUCUCUAAUGCUUAAGGCUAAAGUAUAUUAGUAUAUUCAGUGGCGUAGCGUAGGUUCUCAGCGCCCGGGGCAAGGCAAGUAUUGCGCCACCCCCUAACCAGUGGACCGUUAGCACUCCCCCGAGUCUCUUUCACCAGUCCAGAAUUUUGCGUCCGGGGCAAACACCCCGGUGGCUCUGCCCACACUACGCCACUGAGUAUAUUCAGUGUUGAAUGGCUUCAGGAGCAGGACUUUUUAAGGGGAGGAAGGUUUGAGAAAUGUUUAUUGGACUGAGCGUCGAAUGUCUGUAAGGAGAAGUUACGGAAUUUUGUGAACAUGGUGUAAAACCACGUCUGAGGUGUCAUGAGUAGCAGGAUCGAUUUCCUAGGUGUAUUCGUAGUGGUGUUUUCAAAUCCCAUGGUAUGUACUGUCUUGUUUAUAGGAAAAUGCAUAUCAAAAACCCAUAAUGCUUUUUUGUUAGUAGUGUAUUUGGCUUGAACCUUAAUUGACCACGAAAAUAACUAAAUAAAUGUGUGUGUGUGUGUGUGUGUGUGUGUGUGUGUGUGUGUGUGUGUACACACGCGCACGCCCCCCACGUUUUGGCACCUUCCUACGCCCGUGCUAUGUCCUACCAAGGUUCAGGCAUAUGUCUCCAUUGUCUCCUACCCUGGCAUGGCCAGCGGUUUGGUCCAGGGGAGAUAAAUAGGACGGGCCCGUAUGAAGUAUUUAUUAAACCGUCGGUGUUAUAAUUUGAUGGUUUUCGCUAGCAGGUUCACUAAGUUUUUCAACCCGCUGAUACCAAAAAUAGUACAGUAUUCUUUCUAGCGGGUGUGAAAGAAAUCCCAAUUGCAGCAAAUGUUAGUUUCCAUAUGCAUCAGUAUUGUUUUGUGUUCUUUCUUCAGGAUGGAAUUGCUUCAGUACAGAUAUCUGUGUUUUUUGUCAAUAUUAAAGUUUCGUUUGUGUGUUCUUGUCUUCUUAUAUAUAUAUUAUUUUUAGGGUUUUUUAAGUCGGGCGUGUACGAAAGACUAAAUUGUAAAUUAACUUGUAGAUGUAAUUAUUGUUCGUUGACAUGUAUGUCGAGUGUUAAUAAAACAAAUAUUUUCAGA